AUUAACUUGUGCUGUAGCCCGUGACGCGUGGGGAAUGCAAUCCGCUGCGAGGGAGCUCAAGCGUCCAGGUACACCUCAGAAAAUGCGCAGCUCCUCAUACGUGCUUGUGUUGCACGAUGCCCCACAUAGCGCUGACUAAAGGUGAACUGAGAGCCGUGUUCAAUGCUUAUUCUUUUAAGAUCUUCAGCCGAUCAACACGGGGAGACCUGCUUGAUGCAAAUCUGCUCCGGACACUGCUGUGUCUGCUGAAAUGCUCGAAUUAACCGGAGUGGAUGGGAUCUGCCUAGCAUAUUGAUACGGUUUAGCUACUGCAUGCAUCCCGGCGCGGGCUUCUUGCGCCAUCAUCGACACCUCGGGUGAAACGCGAAUAGCCUACCCAUUUUAUUUCAAAGUCACCGAAAUUUCUACGAAAUAGCGUGGUUUUUGUGCAAAUACAGUUUUGAUGUUGAUAAAAAGACGCGCAUGCGUUGGUCUUGGAAUAAUUGGACAGCCUGUGACUUAAGUAGGUAGCAUUCCUUAAAUAUUCGCUCAAAGUCAUCUCUCUGAUCAAAGUUAGUGAUGUGCACGGCUUUGGACCGCGGACGCUGGGGGAUUUUUUGUCUUUUCCUCAUGGUCGCCAUGGUCUGCGGCGCUCAAAGCGCCAACGAGCAAAGCAACAUGUCAUUUGUGAAAGCGACCGUCGACAAACUGCUGAAGGGGUAUGAUAUUCGUCUGAGGCCUGAUUUUGGAGGUGCCCCUGUGGACGUUGGCAUGAGCAUAGAUAUCGCCAGUAUCGACAUGGUUUCGGAAGUCAACAUGGAUUACACCAUCACUAUGUACUUCCAGCAGUCCUGGAGGGACAAGCGCUUGUCCUACACAGGGAUUCCCCUCAACCUGACACUGGACAAUAGGGUGGCAGACUCACUCUGGGUCCCUGACACCUACUUCAUCAACGAUAAGAAGUCCUUUGUGCACGGAGUCACAGUGAAGAACAGAAUGAUCCGACUUCAUCCUGACGGAACUGUGCUCUACGGCCUCAGGAUCACCACUACUGCAGCUUGCAUGAUGGACUUGCGUAGAUACCCACUGGAUGAGCAGAACUGCACCCUGGAGAUCGAGAGCUAUGGGUACACCACUGAUGACAUCGAGUUCUACUGGAAAGGUGAUAAUUCAGUGACUGGGGUGGAGAACAUCGAACUGCCCCAAUUCUCUAUAAUAGACUACCACAUCCAAUCCACAAAAGCAGUGUUUGCUACAGGCUCCUACCCGAGGCUCUCUCUGAGUUUUAAGCUGAAGAGGAACAUUGGCUACUUCAUCCUACAGACCUACAUGCCCUCGACCCUGAUCACCAUCCUAUCCUGGGUCUCCUUCUGGAUCAACUAUGACGCGUCUGCGGCCAGAGUCGCUUUAGUGUUUUCGCCUGGAGCUCAGAGGUGUCAUGCAUGUGACGGGCACUGGUGGCAACUGUCAUUUGGCAUUUUCACAGGCAUAACCACUGUGCUGACCAUGACCACCAUCAACACCCACUUGAGAGAGACUUUACCCAAAAUCCCCUAUGUCAAGGCUAUAGACAUCUACCUGAUGGGCUGCUUCGUGUUCGUCUUCCUCGCUCUGCUGGAGUACGCCUUUGUCAACUACAUCUUCUUCGGACGGGGGCCUCACUUGCAGAAAAAGGUGGCAGAGAAAGCAGCUCAAACCAAUAACGAAAAUAAGAGCCGAUUGGAGAGUAACAAAGUGCAGGUGGACGCCCACGGCAAUAUCCUCCUGACCAAUCUGGAGAUCCGUAACGAGAUGGGCGGGAUGGGUGGCAUGGCCGGGAUGACCGGGGCUGAAAUGAUAGGGGCUCUCAACGACCCGCGGGCCACCAUGUUCUCCUACGACAGCGCCAGCAUACAGUACCGUAAGCCCAUGGCCAGCCGAGACCUGUACGGUCGACCAGCCCUCGACCGGCCAGUCGGCCACAAGAAGAGUCGUUUGAGGAGGAGGGCAUCGCAGCUCAAAGUCAAGAUCCCUGACCUGACGGACGUCAAUGCCAUAGACAAGUGGUCCCGCGUCAUCUUCCCUAUCGCCUUCACCUUCUUCAACCUGGUCUAUUGGCUGUACUACGUCCACUAGGGUGCGUGGCUAUUCCCGCUAGAGGUUUGUUUAGCUAGCUAGGUUCUUGUACAGCAAGGGUAAAAGAGAGGGGAGUUAAAUUCUGCCCAGUUUGUAUGACUUCUGUUGUUUGAGGAAUGCGAGGCGAAGCGGAUGUCUUUUCAA